CAGGAGCCAGGGAUGAGAAACCAUACGGAAAUAACCUCAUUCAUCCUCCUGGGACUGACAGAAGACCCACAACUGCAGAUACUGAUGUUUAUAUUUCUACUUCUCGCCUACUUAUUGAGUAUGACUGGAAAUAUAACCAUUGUCUUCCUCACAUUAGUGGAUUCCCAUCUCAAAACAGCCAUGUACCUGUUUCUCCAAAAUCUAUCCUUCUUAGAAAUCUUGUUCACUUCUGUCUGCAUACCAAGAUUCCUACACAGUAUAUCAACAGGUGACAGGACCAUUACAUAUGAUGCUUGCUUAAGUCAAUUGUUUUUUGCAGACAUGCUUGUAGUAACAGAAUUCUUUCUUCUUGUCAUCAUGUCCUAUGAUCGAUAUGUGGCCAUCUGCAAACCUUUGCAUUACAUGAUCAUCAUGAGCCACAGCGUCUGCAAAAGUUUUAUCCUAGGCUGCUGGGUGACUGCCUCUUUGAUGAUAUUCCCAGCCACUGUUAUGCUCUUAGAUCUGGAAUUCUGUGGUCCUAAUGCCAUUGACCACUUUUUCUGUGAUGCUAAUCCUAUUCUGAAGAUUGCAUGCUCAGAUCCAUGGAACAUAGAGCAGAUGGUUCUGGUCUGCUCUGUAGUGGUCUUUAUCACGACUCUAGUAUGUGUGGUCUUGUCCUACACAUACAUCAUCAGAACAAUUCUAAGAUUCCCUUCUCUGGAACAAAAGAGAAAGGCCUUUUCCACCUGUUCUUCCCACAUUAUUGUGGUUUCCAUUGCAUAUGGAAGCUGUAUCUUUAUCUACAUCAAACCUUCAGCAAAAGAUGAAAUGACUAUAAAUAAGAGGGUAGCAAUACUAACUACUUCCAUUUCCCCCAUGUUAAACCCAUUUAUUUAUACUCUGAGAAAUAAACAAGUCAAACAAGCCUUUAAGGACCUAGUGAAAAGAAUUAUAUUACUGCCAAGAAAUUAG